AUGGACCUCGAGUCGAGUGGCAUUAUUUUGUUCGCCCUCCAGCUCACCAGUUUAGCCGAUGAGAUGAAGAAGUCGGACGACUUCAGCUGUACUGCCGGCGCAGUGAAUUUCAAAAAGGAAUCUUGCACACUUUCCCCCCCAACCCCUCAAUCUUCUUCAAUACAGUCCCUCGCCGCGAUCCUAUCGACUUGGUACAGAACUCUUUGUCAAUGCUCGUCCUUCGUUAAAGCGAAGGAACUCGACCUGCGCGAACCUGGUACGCCCCCCAGUAUCGCCGCAUAUUGCCCUUCAGUUCAUCCCUUUUUCGCCACCUUGUUGCUACUUCUCAAUCAUAAUCUCACUUUUUUCGCCUUGGCUGUCAUUUUCAUCGUACGGGUAUACUCAAGUCUAGGAUCGAAUUGGGCGCCCUCACACACGAAAAUAGGACGACCGAUGAUAGUCCUACCGGUUGUUAACGAGACGUUGUUGCACGCCAAGAUUGUCUGUCAUCUGUGCCGGAGUCGAUCCUUCCCGACUGCUGACCUCGAAUGA